AUCCAACAGACGGAGAAGAGCAGAGAGAGAGAGAGAGAACCCGACGCCAACCCGUGCCUCCCAGAAGACCCCUCCCCCGGUUCCGCCCCCUCUGCACACACAAAACUGGUCGCCCUCGGGCGCCAUCGCGCACUCGCCGUUUGCUUGAUCAUUGCUGGAGGGAACGUCGAAUUGGAUCUUUAGAAUCGGGCGGUAGUCGACGGUGUGAAAGACCUCGGGGGGCUCGUGCAACAUGUCUCUCUACAACGGGCGUCGUGCGCCCAACUUCUCGCAGUAUCUCGAUGAUUUGAACUCCCUCCCAUCCGCCUACGACCAGACUGUCCGUCAGCAGCAGGAGUCCUACGACGUCGACAAUGAACUGGCCCUGUUCACCAACACCGAGUUCUUCGAUUUUGACAACUUUGGUGGUCUGGAUCUGCCGACGUUUGCCCCUCUUGAGACUGAUGGCGCCCUCGGAGCAAACAUGGCUGUGGAUCAGAACCAGGACUUGAAGUUCCUCGACAUGUUGAACGAUGGUCUAGGCAACGUGCCCGAGUUCUCCUCGACCGAAUUCGACACCACCAACAUUCGCAACAUGCCCAUGCAGCCCGCGGCCUCUUUAAACGAAGCAGGAACGUUGACACUCCCGCCUGCUCCACGUGCGCCCCCCAGUCACACUCCGUCAUCAACCCAGUCCUCGUCAGGCAAUGCAUCGGUAACCACCGCUCCAACGCCUAGUUCGACGGCCCAGAAUGCCUCGUCGGAUCCGGCUCCGGCUCCGGCCCCCACCUCGUCCUCCACUGCUGCCGCCAAGCCCAAGUCGUCGAUACCCAAGCCCAAGCCUUUGAGUGUUGAAGAAGUUGCUCGUGUCGCUGCCGAUGAGGACAAGCGCCGCCGCAACACCGCUGCCAGCGCCAGGUUCCGCGUCAAGAAGAAGCUCCGCGAGCAAACACUGGAACGCACCGUCAAGGAAACCUCGGAGAAGAACGCGGCGCUUGAGGCCCGGGUGUCGCAACUUGAACUAGAAAACCAGUGGUUGAAGAACCUGAUCACGGAGAAGAACGGCGGCGAAUCGGAAAAGGGUAAGAAGUCCGAAUCUGAGAUCGCGGAGAUGUUCAACAAGUUCCUCGCCUCUCACAACGCCGCAAGCGAGCGGGGUUUAUCCGAAUCGAAGAACGGCGUCGGCACGGCUGUUUAAUCAAAAGUUAAAAAAAAAAAAAAAAAUCCCCC